AUGUCUUUGUCCGCACCACUAUUUUGUGCGUCCUUGUCACCUGGUUACAUGAAUAAUUUCACGAAGAUUUGCAAGAGCUCAGUGAUGGAAAGCAUGUGCAAAGUGCCAUUGUUAUGGAAUGCGAAUGGAUACAUUGAGGUGAUCCAACAGGAUGAUAUAUCACAAGAUGAAGCUGAUAGAGUGAUCAAGUUUUUUGAGGGCACUCUGUCAGAUAUUGACGGUAUAUUUCGUCCUUCAUCACGCUCGUCGAAUGACUUUAGCAGCGAAAGCGAUGGCCAGGAGAAAGCAAUUCUGGAAACAGAAGAGAGUCGUAGGUACGUCAAAAGAAGGAAAGUGUUUGAUUCUUACAUGUCGCAAAUGCAGGAAGAUAAUUCUGUUCAGCACAAAAAUUCAUCGAGUUGUGUACAGUUGGAUAAAGAUGAGAAAACCCAUGUUUGCGACAUAUGUGGGAAAAGAUUUAGUAGAAAGUUUAAUUUAAACACGCACAUAAAAUGUGUUCACAGUGACGAGAAGGAUUAUGUAUGCUCCUUCUGUAAGAGAGCUUUUAACCAUAGUAGUAAUUUAAGAAAACAUAUAAAGACUGUACAUGGUACGGAGAAGAAAUUACCUUGUCCAUUGUGCAAGAAGCCGUUUAAACACGCGGAUGCGUUGAGUAAUCAUAUUAAAGUUAUUCACGGUUUGCAGGAUAACAAAACGUUGGCAGAAUAG